AUGUCUUCCGCUGCCUGCAUCUUCUGCAAGAUCAUCAAGGGUGAUAUCCCUUCUUUCAAGCUCUUCGAGAGCGACAAGGUCUUUGCCUUCCUCGAUAUCCAGCCUCUUAGCCGUGGACACGCUCUCGUGAUCCCCAAAUACCACGGUGCCAAGCUCACCGACAUCCCCGACGAAGAUCUUCAGGAAAUCCUGCCCGUCGCAAAGAAGAUCGCCAAGGUCACCGGCGCCGAGGACUUCAAUAUCCUCCAGAACAAUGGUCGCAUAGCGCACCAGGUUGUUGAUCAUGUUCACUUCCACAUGAUCCCCAAGCCUAACGAGAAGGAAGGUCUCGGUGUCGGCUGGCCCGCUCAGGAAACCGAUAUGGAUAAGCUGAAGGCUCUGUUCGAGGAGCUCAAGGCUAAGAUGUAA